AUGGCUAGUUUUGUUUGUACCACAUCACACGAGACGAAAGAUAUUGUACGUCUUCGAGACUACAAUGUGCCGUCUAAGGAUAACAUCUCCGCCACCAUCUGCCAGGCUGCACUUGCUACGUCAGCUGCUACAACAUUCUUCGAUCCUGUUUACAUAGGAAAACGAAAGUUUGUCGAUGGGGCUCUCGGCUCAAACAACCCUGUGGACGAAGUGGAAGGAGAAGCGGCAGACAUAUGGUGCCCUGGUACUGGUGAUUUAAAGCCGCUCGUGAAAUGCUUUGUCUCCAUUGGGACAGGAGACCCCGGAAUAGCUGCGAUUGAGGAUAAGGCACUCAAGUUUCUCUCUGAGACAUUGGUCAAUAUUGCGACCGAGACUGGGCGGACGGAAAAGAAAUUCAUAGCAAGAUGGGCUAAGCACUACGACGAGAAGCGGUACUUCCGUUUCAAUGUUGAACAAGGACUGCAGGGAGUCGGUCUGGAAGAAUACCGGGAGCAGGGAAAGAUAGAAGCAGCAACGCAUCGAUAUCUGGAUCAUCAGGCUCAGGAGUUUCGGGUGCGAGAUUGUGUUCAGAACUUGAAGCUUAAACGGGGUAGCGCGAUGUCCAACAUCUCAAGGAUCCUCAACGUAUGUAGAGAUCAUGAACUUAAAUAG